GGCCAACCAUUGGCAUGCACGGCGUAAGGCAGUCCAGCUCGAUGGCGGACACGAGCGACGUCGGUCAACGCGGAGAGGACACUGGUCCGCGACCAAUUGCUGGACACGACAGCGACAUCACCGGGCCACGUGGAGAGCACAUGAGCACAGUCGGGCUUCAACGCCACGCGGUUCACGAUGGAGGAGCGGGGAAUGCCGGCCAGGACACGGCUCGCGAUGACGCGGUCAACCGAUCGCAAGUCCACUGCGGAGUAGGCCGCGAGGAAUGCAUCAAGCAUUUGUGGCUGGAAAGUCGGCGACUUCUGGUCCAGAUCGUCACCGAGGGUGGACAUGACCGAGGCGCAGUCCUCAAGGAAUCGAGCGACCAACGAGUCCCAUACCUCGGACGUCUGGGGGUGAUUUCCAGUGCAUGCAAGUCGCGCGAGGUCGGCAGUGGUGUCGCGCACGGAGCAUGUAUCAUCAAAGUCCACGCAAAGCGACCAUGA